GCCAAGAUGGCGACGGAAAGGAGUCGCUCUCCGGUGGGGGGCUCGCCAGUGCCGGCCUCGAUGUUCGCCCCAGAGCCCGUGGCGCACGGCGGGACAGUGGCGGCUUUCUCUAGGCCUCACGGCGGCGUCCCAGAAGCUGACUGCAGCGAGGACGGCGAGCUGCUGAACGGAGAGCCGGAGCUCGAUCUUACCAGUAAGCUAGUAAUGGUGAGCCCAACAUCCGAACAGUAUGAUAGUUUACUCCGACAGAUGUGGGAGAGGAUGGAUGAAGGAUGUGGAGAGACCAUCUAUGUUAUUGGUCAAGGGUCAGAUGGGACUGACUAUGGGCUUUGUGAUGGAGACAUGGAAGCCUCCUAUGCCACAGUGAAGAGCAUGGCAGAACAAAUAGACGCUGAUGUAAUUCUCUUGCGAGAGCACCAAGAAGCAGGAGGCAAAGUACGUGAUUAUUUGGUGCGGAAACGUGUGGGUGACAACGAUUUCCUAGAGGUCAGGGUAGCAGUGGUUGGCAAUGUGGAUGCUGGGAAGAGCACUUUGCUGGGGGUUCUUACCCAUGGUGAACUGGACAAUGGACGUGGUUUUGCUCGGCAAAAACUUUUUCGCCACAAGCAUGAGAUUGAGUCAGGCCGUACCAGCAGUGUGGGCAAUGACAUCUUGGGCUUCGACAGCGAAGGCAAUGUUGUGAACAAGCCUGACAGCCAUGGUGGGAGUUUGGAAUGGACCAAGAUUUGUGAGAAAUCAACCAAAGUCAUAACCUUCAUUGACCUGGCGGGGCACGAGAAGUACUUAAAGACUACAGUGUUUGGCAUGACUGGGCAUCUCCCUGAUUUUUGCAUGCUAAUGGUUGGCAGCAAUGCUGGAAUUGUUGGAAUGACCAAGGAGCACCUAGGUCUGGCAUUGGCACUUAAUGUUCCAGUCUUUGUAGUGGUGACCAAGAUUGAUAUGUGUCCGGCUAACAUACUUCAAGAAACUCUGAAGCUCCUGCAACGACUUUUGAAGUCCCCAGGAUGCAGGAAGAUCCCUGUGCUGGUCCAAAGUAAAGAUGAUGUUAUUGUUACAGCCUCCAAUUUCAGCUCUGAAAGGAUGUGCCCAAUCUUCCAGAUUUCCAAUGUUACAGGUGAGAAUUUGGAGUUGCUGAAGAUGUUUCUCAAUCUCCUAUCUCCAAGGACAAGUUACCGGGAGGAAGAACCUGCGGAAUUCCAGAUAGAUGAUACUUAUUCUGUGCCAGGUGUUGGAACAGUGGUGUCUGGGACAACUCUGAGAGGCCUAAUCAAGUUAAAUGACACUUUGCUUCUAGGCCCAGAUCCGCUAGGUAACUUCUUGCCUAUUGCAGUGAAAUCCAUCCAUCGGAAGCGGAUGCCAGUCAAAGAGGUGCGGGGUGGUCAGACUGCUUCCUUUGCUCUGAAAAAGAUUAAACGUUCCUCUAUCAGGAAAGGCAUGGUGAUGGUAUCACCUCGGUUGAAUCCCCAAGCCUCUUGGGAAUUUGAAGCAGAGAUUUUGGUACUCCACCAUCCUACCACUAUCAGUCCACGUUAUCAGGCAAUGGUACAUUGCGGUAGCAUUCGCCAGACAGCCACUAUCCUUAGCAUGGACAAAGACUGCCUACGCACUGGGGACAAAGCCACUGUCCACUUCCGCUUCAUCAAAACUCCUGAGUACUUGCACAUAGACCAGCGGCUAGUUUUUCGUGAGGGGCGUACCAAAGCGGUCGGCACUAUCACCAAGUUACUCCAGACCACCAAUAAUUCUCCCAUGAACUCGAAGCCCCAGCAAAUCAAGAUGCAGUCUACAAAAAAAGGACCCUUGACCAAGCGCGAAGAGAGUGGAGCCCAGGUUGGCGUAGCAGUGCUGACUUCCCCUGUGGCAGAGGAUGGAGCCCCAUUGGCAACAGUUGCCUCAGCACCCUCUGGUGCUCAACAACCACAGCCUGCAUUGGAUGAAGAAUCCCACAAUCAAGAGGGAAAUAAGGCAAAGGCUGGUGGUGGUGGACGGAGGCGUGGUGGCCAGCGUCAUAAAGUGAAAUCUCAAGCAGCUAUUGUGACUCCAGCUGGUGGCUGCUGAACAUCUUGUUAGUAAUUGAGAAAUUCACAUCUCCCCCUCCAUUUCUUCAAUUCAAAAACCUGGAGCAGCUUAACCAAAACCCUUUGCAGCUGGUCUUCUACUGUGGAAGAUUUUGGGGACGAGGACUGGGGGGAGGAAGUUCCAGGGUUUUCCAUUGAAACUAAUGAAGGUGACAAAGAACAAAUGGGACUGACCAGCAGCCACCUUCUCCCUUUUCCCAAAACAUUUUGUACACCUUGAGCUCUUAGUCAUGAUUUUUAUGUUUUUAUUAUGGUGGUUUUGUGUGUGAGUGUGCUUCUGAGCAUGUGCAUUCAGGAGAAUACAGGUAUAGAAAAGAAAGCACCUGUGUCUUCUCCAUUCCCACACUCAUCAUUAGGCUAGCUAACCUGCUCUUUUGCAGUUGGGAAUUUCUGAAACUCCAAACCUUUAAGAGUAAGAAUAGGUGGUAUUUGGCAGGAAGGAGAUAGUAGUUCUUUCCCCAUGUUUCCAAUGGUUUGAAACAGAUACUAGGUCUCUCUCACUGUAAUUUCACCAUGACCUCCCAAACAAGCCUCAUCCCAAAUCUUAGACUUCAAUGAAAUCCUAGAAGUUGUGUGUAUUUGUAAGCUUGUUUGCACACACUUCAUUCUUCUGAAAGGAGAGUUUUGAAAGCGAGAUUUGGAGGCCAAAGAGAAUUAAUUUCAUAUUUAUGUAUAUUAUGUUCGGAACUUAUCUUUUUUUCCUACGGAGCAAAAUGUAGAGGCUCCCGUAUUACUGACUACAUGCUAUAUCUAGGUUUGCACCCAGUUAUGUGGGCACAUUAACAACAAGACAGUCAGAGCGCAAGGUUGUUUCUGGUUGUUUGCCCAUUUAUUUUCAUGGCUUCCAAACCAAUUUGAAGGCCACAUUUCCUUCCUACCAUGAAUAGAUGCCAUUGUCAGCCUCUACAUAUUCAGCUCCCUUUAUAUUACAGAAACAGCUGCCUGUUUAAUUAAUUUACUGAUUUAGAGACCAACUUAGAAAUUUGUUCAAACUCUCCAUAUUUUUUCCAGUGCCACUUACAGAGACUACAUAGAGGUGGGCUGAGGUUUAUUGAAUCCACCAUUAAAAUUUAAAGUCAUAUUUGUGAUUUUAUAACUUUAGUAGCUGUGUCUCUUCAAGGCACUCAUUCUAAACUGACAUUUUAACUGCAUCAUGUUUUUAAAAAGGAGAAAGCAUGAAAAAAAUGGUUUGUAGUUAACUGGUUUGUAACUUUGAAUAGCAUUUUCCCUACAAAGUAGUGUUUCUUGGAUUUAUUCCAUCCUAACUAUUUUUGGAAUACCAGCCUUUUUAAAGUUAUAAACAUUGAAGAGAGGUAGAACUACUUAUGCCAUCUUCCCAAAUUCAAUGCACAGUAUAUAUGUUGGAUUACAAUUCUCCAACAAGCAUGGUUAACAGAUAUGCUAUUUGGAAUUGAUGGAAGUUGCAGACCAAUCUAUCUUGAAGAUGCCAGAUUAAGAGAAGUUGCUAUACCUCUCUUGCUUUUUUAACAGAAUGUUCAGCACCUGCAGCAUUAAGGAGCCCUGUGAGAAUAAAUCAGUGUGAGGAUGAUUAAUGCAAGGUAGCAACCUGUGCUAUUGCUUUUUACUCUGUAUUACAUCUGUCUCCUUGAGUUCCAAUUCCAAGGGAAGCAGAGCCCUUAGUCUGGUGUCUUCUUUAUUUCAUUCUUUUGUUCAGAAAGAUGAAUGUACAAUGCUGGAAAGCAUUAAGAAAGUCAGUGUUGUGUUCUCCUUUCUGAGCCGAACAUAAAAACUACUGAGGCUAGUAUGGUGUCAACAUUAAAAAGAACAAUUUGGUAAAAAAAAAAAGCUUGUUCUCUCCAUUUUAAAGGAAAUGGGGUACUACUUCACUAAUCCUGGUUCAUAAAAUGUAAAUUAGGUUAGAUGUAAUUUGUAAAUAUGCUUUAUAUGGCUGAAGUUUCUUCCCUGAAAAGUCUUGAAGGCUAGCUGGUUGUUUUCCUGAACGGGGGAUUUACUAAAAUGCUUCCAGAACCUUGUAGAAAAUCCAAUUGACAAAAAAAGAAACUUGUGCCAUAAGAAAAAUCCUGCUGAAUCAAAUCUGCCUGUGACUUAAGGGGGUGUUCAAAAGCAUGAGCAAAGUCAGGUGUUUACAACCUGUAUUGAGAAAAUGCUGCCUUUCAUUCUGAAGGUAUUAUAGUUCCACUGAAACCAGUAGCUCUAUAGAUUUGACUAGCUUUUAAAAAAAAACCAAUCCAAACCAGUAUCACCAAUCACAUUCAUCUAAUAGAAGCAAAUUCUAUAUGCUUUAUAAAGAAUUACCUUAUCUUGUAUCUCCCCAAGUUUCACACUGAUGCAUGAUAGCCAUGUUCUGGUAUUUUGAGGAAAAAUUUCUACAUAGCUUUUAUAUACAUUUAUCAAAUUUUGAAUGAAAAAAUAGUUUGUAGUCUUUUCAUGCUAGAAUACAGCUUAAUUAUUUUGGGUAUCCUAUUUACAUCCUUCUUAGCACUACAAAAGAGAUGCAAUGACCAGAUUUGUAUUCCAAGGGCUAUUUAUAACAGCUGUUCAUAAGAAAUGUGCACAAUUAAAAAAUAAGUUCAAAGCUGUUGCUAUUUUAAAAACCUGAUUGGAAUAGUUACAAUCCUGAUUUUAGUUAAGCCUUGACAUCAAAUGUUUUCUUAAAAUUAAAUUACAGUAGUUUAAACAGCAGUAUAAAUUGCUUUUUUAAUUAUGUAACUUUUUCAGCAGAUUGGCUCUUCCUGGGACUCCUUCCCUCAUAGGAGGUUUGUAUUGAUAUGGGUGGAGGGGAUGUCUGUAUGUCCGCAUAUGGUCUGUGAUCUAUUUGACCAAAACCUAUAGUAUCCUUAUGCUUUGAUGAGAAUUUCUACUCCUGUUUUAGUCCUCUCUGACCCCCCAAAAUGUCUUUGUUCAUUAACGACUAGUUUUACCACUUUUAAGAGAAAUCAUUUAUUGAUUUAUCUUGCAUAGGUAUAAAUUACAACAAAAAUAACAGACUGUGCAGCAUUUGUAACCUGUAGACUUAGAUACACUCCUCCCAACCCUAAAUACAAAAAGAUUUCUUAGGAGUUAUUAUUAUUAUUACAACCAUUAAUCUAUGGGGUACCUUCCUAAGGACAAAAAUAAGUGGAAAAGUCAUAUUUUUCAUGCUUUGCUUUUGUAUCCCCUUGAAAAACAUACUGCAUAAAAGCAUUCCUGAUGAUAACCAUUGGAUAUGUACAAUUUGGAAGCUACUAUAUUGCUUCCCAGUCAACAGUCUUAACUAGCCAUCUGUAAUUUAGUACCUUCCAAUGUACAACUCCCAUCGCGGUCUGUGGCUAUGUGAAAAAGAUUACAUCUGAGAGUAGUGAGAGCAGCUACAUGCAAAUGACAGGUGAAGGCAUUGGUACCAUAAAAUUGUAAUACUUUUUCAUAUGCUUAAGUAAGGUCACGGUUGAUUUGAUAUCAAUGGAUUUUCAAUCUCUAGUUGUAUUUUAUAACGUUUAAGUUAAAAGGCUUGGUUAAUAAGUACACAUGUAUAGCUACAUUAUCUGUACCGUGUGGAGGUCUUAAACCAGAGUUAUUGGCUGAAACAAAAUGGUCGCCCAGAAUUAACAUAAUAAAACUUAAUCUCAGGCCCCAGUGUGCACAGCCCCCAAGUGAUGUAUCUGGACAUGAUGGCAAGCCAUGAAAUUUGACUACAUAUAAUAGGUUAAACAAGUCAAAUAAUUUGACUAAUUGGACAAUAAGAUCAGGUGAGCAAAAAUACCACUAAGUGCUCCUUAAUUAAACCUUUUAGCUUUCGUGCAUCACAAGAAUACAACUGUUAUUUACCUUCACAAUAUCUUUCGCAAUACUGUUUCAUUAUUUCACAAAACCACUGCACUCUUUCAUAACAAAAAUCCCUGUUCUUAACUGGUCCCUACUUUGGAGAAAUUACAGAAAAGUUAAUAUUACAAUUAAUGUUAAAAAACUAUACAUAAACUACAUGGGAUAACUAAGAACAUGGAGAAUGGGGUGUGCCUUAAAAUUUAUUCCAAGUAGUGGAUUAAUGCAGGCCUAUAAUGUGCCUGAAGGAGCAUAAGGAUUCAGAUGUGGAAACAAUUUUUUGUAAUUAGAAUUCUUAUGGCAAGGAAAACCGCUGUCCUUUUAUCUAUUUUUUUUAAGCGCUGGAAGCCUUUACUGUAAUGUUGAAGGAAAAGUAAUCAAUUUAAUGAUUACUAUAGGUCAAAGAACAUGUGACUUAUUACUUGAACCUGGAAAGAUAGGAUAAGAUGCUACCUGAUUCUGGGCACCUGAUAAGGAAAUACUGGAAGAAUGAUCAGCUAGCAAUUCCUUGUUCUUAUUCUUGGUGAAUGAACUGAUGUAACUCAUCUGUCAUUUUUACAGGUACACCCAAGCAAAGAUAUAAAGCACCGGAGGUCUGCACCAUCAUCACAAAUACUAGCUAGAUCUUUCUGUUAGAUGCAGCUGGUUAACAUAGUUUAUAGAGCCCAAUAAUGGUAACAAACCUUUGUUAGCUAAAUAUUUCUCAAGCAUUUAAUGUGCUAUGUUAUGAAGCCCCUCCCUUUCCAGAGGUAAGUGGCUGCUGCUGGGUGGGCAAAGGAAUGGGGAAUUGCAAGAUUGGCUGGGAAACUGUCAUAGAAUGUUGCAAAUGAAAGUCAUGUGACUACAGCUCAGCACAGCCAGUAGCACUGAAGCAGCCAGUUUUCCCAUAUUUCAUCCCCUCAAGACACACAAGUCAAGGAUUUGGACACUUUCUACAAGUUAGCCUAUUAAAGGUAACUUGGCUCAAAAAUUGUUGCCCUAUGAUUCCCCAAUUUGCCCACUUAAAUGUCAUGACAAUGAGUUUUAGUAGCAUAUGAUAGUUCCUUCAGCUAAAGUGAACUUCCCUAUCUUAAGAGGAGUAUACAUUAAAAUAAUGGUACACUUUGGAACAUGUUAACUGGGAUUCAUGGAGCUGAGGUUGCUAAGGAUUCAAAAGUUCAGAUCAGAAAAGUGGAAUAUGAGCAAUAGCAAGAUCCCAGUACCUAUUUCAUUUAGGUAGACUUUAUAGAGGAAUUGGCUUGGCCAAUAGGAGAAAAAAUGCUA